AUGGCUCCAACACACCGUCGUGGACCAUGGGUCCCGGAGGAGGACCAGCUGCUUCUCCAACUAGUGCGCGAACAGGGCCCAAACAAUAACUGGGUCCGCAUCUCUCAACACAUGCACUAUCGCUCUCCCAAGCAAUGCCGGGAACGUUACCAUCAGAAUCUCAAACCGUCACUAAACCGCGACCCCAUCUCUGCCGAAGAGGGCCUGGCAAUUGAGCGGAUGGUCAACGAAAUGGGCCGCUGCUGGGCUGAGAUCGCACGCCGGCUAGGGAAUCGCAGCGACAACGCCGUCAAGAACUGGUGGAAUGGCAACAUGAACCGCAAGAAGAGAGGUCUCCAACAAAGCAUCAACAGCUCUCCACACUCGAGAACGCCCCACGGCCGCAUCGAAGCUCCAUACCACCGCGCCUCUAUCGGAGGCACCAGUCCCAUUUUCCGCUCUCGGCUCCCCUCCGUCUCCUACGACAGACCCUAUACCUCAUGGACCUCUCGAUCCCCUAUAUCCUCUCGGCGCGAGUCUUUCUCAACUGCCUCCACGUUCUCCCGACAACUCACGCCCAUCUACACACUUCCUGCUCUCAACCGCCCUGUUGAAGCGCCCUUGACCUCGCCCGCCUUCUCAGAUACCUCCAACGCUCCGUCCCUCGACCCACCGUCGAUGGUCUCGGACCAUAACUCGGUUUCUUCUGCCUCGCCUCGCACUCUUCCUUCGCCACAGCUUCACUCUCUCCCUCCUUUGGUAGAUACACGCUACCCAUAUGGAGAGGUAUCCAGGCCCCAAACAUCAGACGAUGUGUACUUCUCCAGCUUCCCCGGCAAGUCUUCAGGACUAUUUUCAGAUCCAAAGCCACGAUGGGCUCCUGAGCAACGACCGUGCUGGGCUUCCGAGGAAAAGGUCGAGCCUCGGCGUGACUCGCGGAUGGGCCUCGACAACCUCUUGAACUGAACGAUCACACGACUCUCUUCCUCCCGUCUAUACCUUAAUACUGUAUUUUUACUCUACGAUGUUCUGGCAGCGUCUCCUGUACAUGUCUCGGUCUGACCCUCAGUCUCUCGCUUUUCCUUUGUUGAAUCUCCUUUGUACAUCUAUGCUUUUUGUUCUCCAGGUUGAUUCUGGCAUUCUUGGACUGGUUGUCAAAAGCAUGAUUGGUUUUGAAUCUCAUAGAGGUGGAGAGCGGAUGAUGUUUGCUUGGUUGUAGCGUUUUGUCCUGGAUUUACAAAUACCCCAUGGCUAUUGUUUUUAUUUUACCAGG